GGACUGUGUCAAUUUUAUCUUGCAUUUGAAAGCCACAGACUAGUGAACCCUGCAGCCAAGUUGAAUGCAGAGUCCAGAGCUGUUAAUAAGCCUGAGGAGGCUCUCUCCUUAGUUACCUAAAACAUGUGCUAAAGAAGCAGAGGAAAUCAGCUGGCUGAGACACCUAUCUCCUGUCACAGAGAUGGGAGACCUAAGAUGCCCAGCGGGAGCAUCUCAGUCCUGGGCAAAAUUCUUUGGGGUGUCACUGAAUUGCUUGCUUACAUCCUUUCUCAAACACCUUCUCAGGUCUCAGGAUGACCUGCUCAUUCUCUAUGUCUUGUCACAAUGCAUGUUCACUUGUGUUCAUUCAUCUACCCACAGGGGCCUCCAAGGAGCCACCACCCACUCCAACCAGCCUCACAAAGAAGCAAGUGAAGCAGAAGGUGAAGAGCCUGACCACUCAGCUCCAGGUGAUGACCGCCCAACGGAAUGAUCUGAGAGAUCGCCUCAUCUUAGUAACUGAAGGAUCCUUGGACAACAGGCCCUACCACAGGCCAAAUCCUUUCUGGGAAAAGCUCAAGAUGGAACAUCAGCAGGUCAUGUCAGCCCUGCAGAAGUUUGAGAAUGAGAAUUUGGAGGCCUCACAGAAGCUCAGUGAGCUGACCAAAGGGAAAGUCUUCCGUUUUGAUCUGCAGAGCCGGCUCCUGAUGGAGCAGAGUCAGCUCAAAAAGAAAUUGGAUAUGCUGAGGCAAGAGAAGGAGAACAUACUGGAGUUUUGGGUCAUGGUGAAGCACCACUUGGGUGACUUGCAAGUGCUCAGUAAGGAUCAAGAAGAGAUCAGUGACCUCCAGAACCAGCAACAACAGCACCCUUUAUGAGAACUGAGGAGGCUGAAGGAAUCCAUAGUCAACUAGAAACCCUGACAUUCUCCACUCUAGGAUCAAGGCCUCCUCAGAACAAGACAUCUACUACUGGUUGUGAAAUCACCAGUGAGGCAAAUAUCAUCUGCCCUGAAGUUCAUCCAUCCAUAAUCUGAUCCAUGUGUCUGUUGACUCACUAGUUAUGGAAUAAUGAAACCAUUAAGAAGAUGCUUGAGAUUCAAAAAAAUAAACACCGAGAGUUAUGCAGAAGAAGCUGACAUCUACCAGCAAGUGUUCCCAAUGAGGGCCACAACAACAUGGAGAGAGAAUAUGUUUCCACUCAUAGUUACUCUGAAAGUUUAUUGCUACACACUUUUGGUAGCUGACUGAGGGUUCAUAUGUGGAGGGAGAUAUGUCAACAGAGACUGUGUUGAUGUCAUGCUGCUAUCCAGACAGACCACACAAAGGAAGCAUCAUAUUCUCACUCCAGUCCAGUGUGGGAACUACUCAAUUUCAUGCACACGCGAUGGUGAAGUGAAUUGUUCUGAGAGAUGAUUUAGGAAGGAUGUCACCAUGAGCUGUUAUGUCUUUUGGUAACAGAUGCUACCCGUGUCAUUUUUUGCUCUUGAAUGGGCACACAGACACAUGUUGGCAGACAGAAUCAUAUAGUGGCCAACAUGGCAUAAGAUCAACUUUGGCAAGGACUUAACCUUGAAGCCCCAAAAUGGCAUGACCACACUUGUCUUGAAGAGGUUAUUUCAAUUCAGGAUUGUCUUCCAACUUGUAUCCAAAGCCAGCCAAAGACUGCAGGAUAUCUGCAUGAAGAGAAAGCUUCUUAUGUAAAUAGUUUUGGUUUGUUUUGGGGUUUGCAUGAAUUUGGGUUUUGUUGUUCUUUGUUUUGUUUUGCUGUUUUUUUAUUUUUUGGUUCUUUGUUCUUUCUUUGAUUUUAUAUUUUGCUAAAGCUAUACAUUGGAUAUACUAAACACCCCUUUAAGGCCCUAUUCAAUCAAAUUUCUGUAAUUUCACAAAUAAAAAAAUGUCCAACUCUUCA